AGGCGGAGCCGGAGCCUUUCGGCGUUGCGCCGGCGGGCCCGGAAGAGGAGCGCAGGGCGGGCAGCGACGAUGGAGACGAUCCUGGAGCAGCAGCGGCGCUACCACGAGGAGCGGGAGCGGCUGAUGGACGUGAUGGUGAAGGAGAUGCUCACCAAGAAGUCCACGCUCCGCGACCAGAUCAACUCCGACCACCGGACCCGGGCCAUGCAGGACAGGUACAUGGAAGUGAGCGGCAACCUGAGGGACCUGUACGAUGACAAGGAUGGCUUACGAAAGGAAGAGCUCAGUGCCAUUUCAGGACCAAAUGAAUUUGCAGAGUUCUACAACAGACUGAAACAAAUUAAAGAGUUUCACCGGAAGCAUCCAAAUGAGAUCUGUGUUCCAAUGUCAGUGGAGUUUGAGGAGCUGUUGAAGGCCAGAGACAACCCGAGCGAAGAGGCUCAAAAUCUAGUGGAGUUCACAGAUGAGGAGGGGUAUGGACGAUACUUGGAUCUGCACGAUUGCUAUCUCAAAUACAUUAACCUAAAAUCAUCAGAGAAACUGGAUUACAUCACUUACUUAUCCACAUUUGACCAACUCUUUGAUAUUCCCAAAGAGAGAAAAAAUGCUGAAUAUAAGAGGUACCUUGAAAUGCUUCUUGAGUACCUACAGGAGUACACAGAUCGAGUGAAGCCGUUACUGGACCAGAACGAACUUUUUGGGAAAAUUCAGACCGAGUUUGAGAAAAAGUGGGAUAACGGAACUUUCCCUGGUUGGCCGAAAGAAACCAGCAGUGCGCUCACUCAUGCCGGAGCCCACCUGGAUCUCUCAGCAUUUUCCUCUUGGGAGGAAUUGGCUUCUCUGGGGCUGGACAGAUUAAAAUCAGCUUUAUUGGCCCUGGGACUAAAGUGUGGCGGGACUCUGGAAGAGCGUGCUCAGAGACUUUUUAGCACCAAAGGCAAAUCCCUAGAAUCACUUGAUCCUUCCUUGUUUGCUAAGAAUCCAAAGACAAAAGGAAGCAAAAGAGACACUGAAAGAAAUAAAGAUCUUGCAUUCCUGGAAGCUCAGAUAUAUGAGUAUGUAGAAGUUCUUGGGGAACAGAGACAUCUUACUCAUGAGAAUGUGCAACGUAAGCAAGCGCGGACAGGGGAAGAGAGGGAGGAGGAGGAAGAAGAGCAGAUCAGUGAGAGUGAGAGUGAAGAUGAAGAAAAUGAAAUCAUUUAUAAUCCUAAAAAUCUGCCUCUUGGUUGGGAUGGCAAGCCAAUCCCAUACUGGUUAUAUAAAUUACAUGGUUUAAACAUCAACUACAACUGUGAGAUUUGCGGUAACUACACCUACCGAGGGCCCAAAGCUUUUCAGCGUCACUUUGCGGAGUGGCGACAUGCUCAUGGAAUGAGAUGCUUGGGCAUUCCCAACACUGCGCACUUUGCUAACGUCACACAGAUUGAGGAUGCGGUCUCACUGUGGGCAAAGCUGAAACUACAGAAAGCUUCGGAGAGAUGGCAGCCUGAUACAGAGGAGGAAUACGAGGACUCCAGUGGGAAUGUGGUGAACAAGAAGACCUAUGAAGACUUGAAACGUCAAGGGCUGCUGUAACUUUCCCAAGUGAAGGGUUUGACAUCUGAAAAAGCAGCAAAGUGUCAGCAGCUCUGACUCUUCUUCAGUUUCUGGAUUUUGUAUUUGCAUGAUCAUAGAUUUCAAGGAUACUUUAUAGAAUCUCUUUCUAGUAAGCCCCUUGUGAAGCGCAGACCUGUGACAUUAUUUUAUAUUAAAAAAAAAAAAAAAAGCUGAAAAAUAAACUGAUUUUAACUUAGGAAGUGCUAAAA